UGCAGCAAAGGAAGAAAUUUUGUGCAGAACGACUGCAACUAGUUCUUCCACGCCUUCGAGGACCUGAAAAGGUUCAUCUUCGUGCAUACUCCUGCUUGCUGAACACCGGGCAUCGCGUUCAUGUGCUUCCCAAGCAUCUUCACCUCUCAGGAUUACAUUAGUGAUCAUUUGUGGAAGGCUCAAGCCAACUAGCGGUCAAGAAAAGAUACAACAGUCAUAACUCUUCAACAUGUUUUCUCGACUCCUAAAACAGUCGAGCCUUGUGCCCAAGGCAGGCACCAUCGUCCCAAGCACAUCGAUUCUGCGAGCACGUUCGCUCGCAACCGUGUCGAACAACACGCCCCGACAACAAGAGCUUCCUCUACACAAGCAUUACAAGCAAACCGCUCCUGCCCACGAACGAGCCACUUUUACCAUCCGAAAUGGUCCUAUUUUCCAUGGCACAUCUUUCGGUGCCCGAAGCAACGUCUCAGGAGAAGCCGUCUUCACAACUUCACUAGUGGGAUACCCUGAGUCAUUGACCGACCCCUCUUAUCGAGGUCAGAUCUUGGUCUUCACCCAGCCAUUGAUUGGCAAUUAUGGCGUGCCAUCAAGUGUUCGAGACGAGCACGGCCUUCUGAAAUAUUUUGAAAGCCCAAAUAUCCAGGCUGUGGGUGUGGUUGUGGCAGAUGUGGCAGAGAAAUACUCUCACUGGACUGCAGUCGAGAGCUUGAGUGAAUGGUGUGCACGAGAAGGCGUUCCAGCCAUCACUGGGGUGGACACCCGUGCCAUUGUGACAUACCUGCGAGAGCAAGGUUCUAGUCUGGCCAAAAUCACUAUCGGGGAGGAAUACGACCAGGAUGAGGAUGAGGCCUUUAUUGACCCUGAGCAAAUCAACCUCGUGCGGAAAGUCAGCACAAAAGCACCAUUCCACGCCAGUGCUCCCAACCCAAACGCUCACGUCGCUGUCAUCGAUUGCGGUGUCAAGGAAAACAUCCUUCGUAGUCUAGUCAGCCGAGGAGCUAGCGCCACCUGCUUCCCGUUCGACUACCCGAUUCACAAGGUUGCUCACCAUUUCGAUGGCGUGUUUAUCUCCAACGGCCCAGGUGAUCCGACUCAUUGCCAGGACACCGUCUAUCACCUUCGAAAGUUGAUGGAGACUUCUCAAAUACCAAUCUUUGGUAUCUGUCUUGGUCAUCAGUUGUUGGCUUUGGCCGCUGGAGCCAGGACCAUCAAGCUCAAGUACGGCAACCGAGCACACAAUAUCCCAGCCCUGGAUCUCACUACUGGGAAAUGCCACAUUACCAGCCAAAACCAUGGAUAUGCUGUCGAUGCUUCAACCUUGUCCAAAGAUUGGAAGCCAUAUUUCACCAACUUGAACGACAACUCCAACGAAGGUAUGAUCCACGCUUCUCGACCUAUAUUCUCGACCCAGUUCCAUCCCGAAGCUAAAGGAGGCCCGCUUGACUCGUCGUACCUUUUCGACAUGUAUCUGGACAAUGUACAGAAGUACAAGGAGAGUCAAUCGGCUUUCCAGCCUCACCGUGAUAGCAAGCCGAGUCCUCUAUUGGUUGAUUUGCUGGCUAAGGAAAGAGUGGGUGUUGAUCUCACACAAGGCAUCCGGAACAUGAUGGCUUCGACUGCACAAGAGCCUGAACGAGUCUAUGCUGCAGGUGCUGCCUAAGAAGAUGGAGCAAAGCGAUGGACAAGGGCGUUCUUGACCUUUAAUCUAUCGCGUGGGUUUUGUAGUAGCCUCGCGCGUAGUCCCUACGUAACUUUGGUUUGAGAAUAAAUGAAUUAUGAAAGGCAA